UCUCUAAGCUCUAUCGUGUAAACUCCCUCAUUCUUCUCCUCCUAUACAGAAUAUACUUUUGGAUCCCCAAUCUCCAAUGCAAUUAUCCUUUUGCUCCAGCAAAAUUAAAUAAAGAUGAGGAGGAGGAAAUGAGGCAUUUUAGGGCUUGAUUUCUCCUAGGGUUUAAUCAUAAGCGCUUUUUGCUCCAAGCAAAUCUAAAAGGAAAACGAGGAGAGGAGAAAACGCGGGAGUUUACGGCUCGAUUUCGCCAAACGGUUUAAUCAAAAGCACUAUAUGUAAUCAAAUUACAUUAUGAAUUUGACCAAUGCCCACACCAUAGGAUGUCCUGCUCGAUCUGGUGGUUCUACUCAGCCUGUGAUGUCUCAAGUAAAAGUGAAUUUCGCCUAUCACUAAAGACAAUGUACCUGAGUCCCUAAUAACCCUGGGGUGAUAACAACUAUUCUAUAUAAUGUCUUCAUGAGUUUUGAAUACAUACAUCACUGAUUGAAUCCAUAACAAGGUCAGUCACUCCACUUCAUAGCUUUUAUAUCAGGUAGCUACUUUUUUCAAUUCUUCGCAUGUUCUUUUCAGUGUAAAGUUUGUAUCUUUAUUAAUCAAUUGAAAAAACCUCAGUUGUGUUUUCAUGAUUUAUGGUGAUAGUUAGAGGGUAAUUUUUAGUUGGAUGAUUAAAUUAUGAAAUAACUUGUGUAAAUUUGUCAAUUAGACCCAAAAAUAGUUGAAUUUUCAAUACAGAUUUGGUUUUUAAUUAUGGGUCCGAUUUGUAAUAUAUAAUAUUACUUAUGUAUCCCUGCUGCUUGUUAAUUCAAAAGAAAAUACCGAUGUUGACAGUGAGCACAAAAAAGAAGUCAUUGAGGGAUUUCCAAAUAGGGAACAUAAGAAAGAAUUCACAAAGGAAAUUUCUCCGGAUGAACCAUAGAAUGAAUCAAAUGAUCAAGAAAAUAGUCAGAGACCUUCUUUGUCAGAUUCUGUAACUCCCAGUGAAGGUGGAAGUCUUAAAAAGCAUUCUAUCAGAAUCUUUCUUUGUGACCAAAACAUAGAUGAAGGUCUAAAGAGGGUAUCUGAUUCAGUUAAUGAACUUGAUUUAGUAUAUGUUUAUGACAUGUUAAACAAUGGAAAUACUGAAACCUUUACCAUACAAUGUCAAAGAUAGACAUGAUAUCCCUCUACUAAACAUGGAUCAAAACUAUCCUAAUAUAGUGAUAUUGUAAUGUGUGAUAGCUUACUGGCUAUUCAUGAACCGGUUGUGCGUAUGAAUUGAAACCUCUCAUCUUUUCGUUGUCCCUAGUGAUGGUCAUGCCUUAGUGGAGUGGCCAGGUUCUAAAACAAUCAUUCAAUAGGAAGCUAGCUGGAGGUUUAGGUUUAAUAUAGUAGGAAUUAUCUACUUAUUGUCAAUAUGAUGUUUUUUCCUUCUUUGUUAACUGAUGAAUUUACUGCACUCAAACUUCUGAAACAGUCUGUCUGAACUCUAUGAGGUAGUGGUAAAGUCUACAUGCACUCUACCCUCUCUAGACCUCAGUUGUGGGACAUCACUGGGUAUUUUGUUAUUGUUGUUUAGGCACAAGAUGUCCACAUUUGCCUAAAGAUCAGAAGAUAAAAAGGUGUAGCUUCAUAUGUUAGUUGUAAUAAGCAAUUUCCUAUUAUGAAGGAGGAUUAUUGUAAAGUUAAUAGAUAUAUUUCAGGUUUUUGAGUGAUUAGAAAUAAUUUCUCCCUUUGUGUUUUUAACUUCUUGAAAAGAGAUUUCACUUGGUGUGUUAGACCCAAAUUUCAGCUCUUGUUCAUUAAUAUAAUCAUUUAGUGAGAUGACAUGUUAGUAUUUUUUCCUCAGGCGAAAGCUCAUGAAAUUGUGAAGUUGAUGAGUGAGAACGGGCAUUUGAAGUCUUCUACUAUGGACUUGCAAGUUCUUUUUAAAUCAGUAGUAUCACACCUUCUAACAGACCCACCAGCUACCCUUAUGCAGUAUACCAGUGUUCCAUCAGGGGAAGAUAUUGAUAAUUUAUAUGUUGCAUAUGUUGGUCAGACCGUUAUCAUUAUAGAUUUUUACCUCCUGUGGAAGCUGCUUAAUCAUGAGAUAAAAAAUAUAAAAUUUGAAGAACCUGUACGUGAGGAAAGUGCUGAGCAAGUUGUACAAGGAUCUUAUGUACAUCUAUAGAUCAUUUUCUCUCUUUUAGGAAGUCAUAAAAAUAAUGUUAUCCCAUGUGGAUUGGCAUAGUUCAUUGUAUCAACAAAGAAAUUUUAUAUAAAUAUUAUUUCUUUAAUUUA